AUGAAUAUUUUAUUUAAUUAUUUAUGGAAAUUUUUACUCAAUGCAUUUUCUGUUGUGUUUUUAGCUAUUACAAUUACACUAACAUCCUCAAAUAGUGAACAUUUAACAAAAUGUGAAAAAAGAAUAAAUAAUUAUUUAAAAAGAUCUAUUUUCAAAAUGACUUUAAAUGGAUUUAAUAAUUGGAAUCAAGAUAUGAUCAAUGCUUUUUAUAAAUAUUCAAAGGAUAGAUGUGUUUUACCUAAAUUAGACAAUCAAUUACAAAUUGUAUUAUAUGGUCCUAUAAAUAAUGUCUAUGAAGUUAAUCAAAAAUAUCAAUUAAUAAAUGCAUUAAUUCAAGAAAAAAUAAAUUUAUUAUCAUUAUUUUCAACAAAUACAUCAUUCAAUAACUUCAAUAUUAUGUUAAGUUAUUCACCAAUUGAUUCUAUAAUAUCACAUCGUUUAGCUAAUCGUCUCAUUGAUGAAGGUUUUUCUGUAUGGAUGAAUUCAAAUCAAUCUAAAGAAUUUAAUGAAAUAUUAAGAAAAAUAAAUAAAUCUGAUUGUGUUAUUCUUUGUAUAAGUGAAAAUUAUUUUGAAGAUGAAUUAUGUGAAAAAGAAGCAAAAUAUGCUGAUGAAAUAGGAAAAUCUUUCAUUCCAGUAAAAGUUCAAAAUUAUGAACCAAUUGAAUGGUUACAAAAAUUAAUUGAACAACAAUCAUAUUUUCAAUUAUUUGGAUCUGAAAAUCAUUUUAAUUUAGAAUAUGAUAAAUUAUUAUUGAAAAUUUUAGAAUGUAUAAGAUAUAAUUAUGUAUCUUUACUUGAACAAACAUCGAAUCGAUCGAAUGUAUUGCAGCAAAAUGAUCUGACUAAAUCUUUUGAAGAUAAUAGUACAUUAUAUUUUCUAUUAACACCAGAACAAAAAAAAUUAAAAUAUGAAAAGAAUAUAAAAAAAUUAAUAAAUUUAGAAAAAGGAAAAAUAAAUGAAGAUGAUAAGAAAAAUCUUAUUGAAAAAGUACAAGAUAUUAUUCAUGUAAAAGAAAAAGAAUGCCAAAAAUAUAUCUCUGAAUAUGGAGGACCCUUCUAUUCACCAAACUCAUCUAGUCCAGAUUAUCAAAGAAAAAAGAAUGAAAUGAUACAAUUUAUAUGGUUUAACAUUGGAAUACUAUCGUAUAGACAAUGGUUAAACAAAAUAGAAAAUUUAAAAACAAUAUUAAAUAUUCCACCAUUUACAUUUAAUGGUGAUAUUAAUAACGCCGUAUUUCCUAUGUUGAAUGAAGCUUUAAAACAUUCAUAUCUUUUAUAUUCUUUGGGACAACAUUAUUCAAUACCAAAUAAAUUAGAUUCUCUUUCAGAUGAGAAUAAUAUUCGUUCUACUAAUAGUUCGUCAACACGAAGAAAUAUAAUUAUAUCAAUACCAAGAAAAAGUACCAGGGAAAAAUUAAUUAAUGACGAAAUAGAUUCUCAAACAACAUCGAAUGAAGCAAGAAGUUUAGUCAAUUCUCAUUCUAGAAGAACAAGCAUACUAAACAAAAAUGAAAAACGAAAAAAUAUUAAGAAAAAUCAUAAACAAAAAAUUUUUAUUUCUGAAAAACCUUUUAUAAAACCUUCUUUUACAGAAAAUGAAAAUCUUGAUUUUAAAUUAAAAUUUGCCGAACAAAUGCAAAAAAAUGAAUAUGAAUUUCAAAAGUUUUGUGAAGAAUAUAAACAUUCUUUAUGUUUACCAUCGAAACAAAAUAUUCGUAAUUAUCCAAUGGCUAUGUUUGGUCCAUGUCCAUUUCCAAACAUAAUAAUCGAACCACUUAAAAGAAUACAAACACAUAAUAAAACUGAAUUACCAUUAAAAUUUCCUUGGAAUGGAAUUUUCGAUACAAAAACUCCAUCAAUAGCAUGGAAAGAUCCAUCAAUAUUCUUCUUCUUCGAAACAACAUCAUCAGAAAAAAACUAA